AAUCAAACCCGGUUCUCUCGCACCAGCAACACAGCUACUCCGCCGGUGCUCUCUCCAACGCCACUGCUCAGCAUUUUACUCCCUCCCAUCUGCAGAACGGCUCCUCCGCCAACCUCGAAGACGAUGUCGACGAACCCAUGAACGAGCACUGGCAACAGCAGUUACAGCUUGCAGCAGAGUCCAGACAAGCCAAUUCCCCUCACUACUAUGCCAGAUCCGUCGCCCAGCAGACCAAGGGUAUCCAGCUGUCCUCCCAUCAGAAUGAUUCUAACGAAAACGGCACCGAGGACCGUAAUCGCGCUGUGGCCGUAAAGGAAACCCGCCGCCAGGACUGGAUGGCCAUUGACUUUGGUGGCCAGGGUCUUCGUGCUCUCUCCGACGGCCUCUUCCACUAUGCCUUCCUCGACAAGCUCUAUCUCAACCACAAUAAGCUCAAAACCCUUCCUCGCAAGAUUGGCCAGCUCAAGAACCUCACCCACCUGGACGUGUCCAGCAACGAGCUUACGGAGAUCCCAGAAGAGAUUGGCAUGCUAACUAACCUGAAGAGGCUCCUUCUUUUCGACAAUAAUCUACAAACUCUGCCUUUCGAGAUGGGCUAUCUCUGCGAACUGGAAACCCUCGGCGUCGAGGGGAACCCGUUAAACGAUGUGCUCAAGUCGCGCAUCAUGCAGGAGGGAACAAAGGCACUCAUCAAGUACCUCAAGGAAGAGACUCCAGGUAGGAUACUCUUCUUUCUAUUCCCACCCUUCUAUCAACGCCCUUUUAAAACAUGCAAUGAUAUGUCUGUUUACUAAUAUCACGGGUAGUGCCAAUGCCUCCGUCUGACCGAGACUGGAUUGUUUUGGACGAAAGCGGCCGCGGCUCGUCGAAGAACCCGCAUGACAAGUUUACUGUGCUUACGUACAACACUCUGUGCGAUCGAUAUGCUACACACCAGCAGUACGGAUAUGCUCCAUCGAAAGCACUCGCCUGGGAGCUCCGUCGUGACCUUCUUCUCAGCGAAAUCAGAGGCCAGGACGCCGACAUUGUCUGCCUGCAGGAAGUCGACCAAGGCAGCUACCAUGGUUUCUUCAGGGAACAGCUGGCAUACAACGAUUACAAGGGCGUAUACUGGCCAAAGGGUCGCGCCCAAGGUAUGAGCGAAGAAGAAGCCAAAGUCGUUGAUGGUUGCGCCACUUUCUUCAAGGGAAGCAAGUACAUCCUCCUCGAGAAGGCGAUGAUUCACUUCGGCCAAACCGCAGUACGACGGCCCGACGCCAAGGGCCAGGACGACAUCUACAACCGGUUGUGGCAAAAGGACAACAUUGCCGUCGUCGUCUAUCUUGAGAACCGCAUGUCUGGAGAGCGUAUCAUAGUAGUCAACGCGCACAUCUAUUGGGAUCCUGCAUACAAAGAUGUCAAGCUCGUUCAAUCCGCCAUCAUGAUGGAAGAAGUCACGCAGCUGGCGGAGAAGUUCAUCAAAAUACCUCCAUGCACAGACAAGACAGCAUUCCGCUUCUCCGAGCCAGAAGACGAGACGAUCAACAGCGAAAACACCAGCCCGCCCACGCCCGUUGAGCCGUCUCCGUCCGUCGAGUACAGCAGCCCAUCUCAGAUUCCGAUCUUGGUAUGCGGCGACUUUAACUCCCGCCCAUCCUCCGCGGUCUACAACCUUCUCGCCCACGGCCGCCUAGAGGAAGAACAUCCUGACCUCCGGGAUCGUCUAUAUGGCAACCUCACGCGCCAAGGCAUGACACAUCCCUUCACCCUCAAGUCAGCCUACUCUGCCAUAGGCGAGCUCUCCUUCACCAACUACACGCCAGGCUUCACCGAUGUCAUCGAUUACAUCUGGUACUCCUCCAAUCUGCUGCAAGUCACCGGACUGCUCGGAGAAGUGGAUAAGGAAUACCUGCAGCGUGUCCCUGGCUUCCCCAACUACCAUUUCCCAAGCGACCAUCUGGCGUUGAUGGCGGAGUUUUCGGUCAAGAACAAGAAAGGGAAGGUAGUCGAGGUCGACUUUGGCCCGCAACGAGAUCGUGAUAAGGAUCGAGUUCGCGGAUAAGUGUUGUUGGCAUCGGGUUAGAAAGAGAGAAGAGGAGGCACAGCGUGAGAGUUUCUUCGUCAUUUUUUUUUUAUAUUCUUUUUUUACUGUUUCUUCUUCUUUUUUUGGGGUGAGGGAAGGGUUGUGCAAAGCUAUAUCUUUUCAACGGAUGGAGCUAGGGUGCUUAAGUCGUUUGGUCCGUUCUAUUUCCUCGUCUCUCUUCUUGUUCUUUCCACCCCCUUUCCUUGCUUCCUCUGUUCGUCAUCAUCAUAUCAUCAUCUUACUCUUAUUUCGGAAUCUCUGCCGCGAGUUCACUGUUCUUCCCCUGGAUCCCUCCCCUUUUCGUCCCAUAUCUCGCCCGUCCGCUUCCGCUUCCUCUUCCUCUGUACUCGUCCUGACUGUCACUCAGCUCUCGUCCCCUUGUUCCUCUUGCAUCUGCUGUAUUCUCCCCUAUUUCCUUUCCUGUUCACGUCUCUUAUCACGCAUUACUCGCUUCCUCGGGUCUCUACUCUUGGAAACCAGUGUCCAUUGUUUGCUUCUUUCUCCUUUUCUUGACACGGCGUGGUGAUAUUGCUGUACCUUGUUUUGCUUCUCUUUCUAUUGCAUCGCCUUGUCUUACUCCUUUUUUCCCUCCCUUUUCUUCACUUUUUUGCCUUGUCCUUCUCCUUGCCAACUAUCCUCAUAGCUGGCUAGCUGGUCUGUCUGUUUUUCCAAUCAAAGUCAAAAGAGGGUUGUUUGAUGGCCUUUCUUGUUCGUUCUAUCUUACUUCGCCUUUAUCUACCUCCCUACCUCCCUACUUACCACUUCUUCUCGUUUUCCCCUUUUUAUUAUUUUUUUCCUUUUCUGUUUUAUCUCAUGAAUCUCUCUGGAUCUGCCUCGUUCGUAUCUUGCAGACAUUGGUGUUCUGGUGAAGGUGUGGAAAUGGGAAUUGGGUCGAAACAUGAGGUUGGCUGGUUGGCUGGUUGGUCGGUUGAUGGUAGUGACGGUGACGGUGUGUGGGAUGGAAUUGUAAAGAAGACAAAGACGAAGAGAGGAUACAGCUUUCCGACCCUUUUUUUCUUUUAUAUAACUAACUGAAUAGUUAUAUUUAGUUACAUGCCUUUACUCCCAGCGGCCCUGAGGCCGGGUGGUUUAAGGAGAAGGCAAGACGUGCCAAAAAAAAAGAAAGGAAUAGAAAUGAAUGACUUUGAUCGAUGUUUCACAGUCUGGCCAUCUUAUAGAGACCCUUUUCUAUAGGCAAAAAGAACUCGGCUCCGGUCGUACGUUCGUUACUUACCACCGACCGAUCUCCAUAGAUAGUUGCCCAUUUUAUAUAUGUUAUUUCUGGCAACCCAAGUUAGUUCGACUGGAUACGGGCAUAGACUGGCCGAAACUUCGCACUAAGGGGGUCUCGCCGUAACUUCUGUCCGAGCUGGAACCGUCUUUUUUUUCCCCUUUGCUCCGUACAUAUUUUAGGAGUCAUAUUCCACAUCCCUCUCUAUCUAGCUAGCUAACUGCUGGCCAGUCUGGGG